GGGGCCCCCCCCCGUUCCCCCCGUUCCCGCCCCGUCCCGGGCCCCCCCGUCACCCCGGACCGGCCCUAUGAAAAGGGCCGCGGCCGCGCCCGCCCCAGAGCCGCUUCCCCGCCGCGCCGCUCCGCACCGGCGGCCGCCCCGGAGCCGCUGCCCCUCACCAUGAACAGAGGCUUCUCAAAGAAGAGUCACACGUUCCUGCCUAAAAUAUUUAGAAAAAUGUCUACUCAAUCAGCGAAAGAAAGACCCGAAAGCUUGCAGUUCCCGUUCCUCGACGAUGAAGAUACCAUCUCCACGGUCAAAGAAUCGAAAACCUUUUUUAUUUUAAGAGGCCUCCCUGGCAGCGGGAAGUCCACGCUUGCCCAGGCUAUCCAAGAGAGGUAUAAAGAUGCCUGCAAGGUCAUCUCUGUUGAUAACUACAAAAUUACGCCGUUGGUAAGAAGCACCAUCCCUGACGAGUAUUCCAAGGUGGAUGAGGCUCUAGUUGACUAUUGCAAACGAGACAUCAGCGUUAUCGUUUUGGAUGACACUCACCACGAGAGGGAACGACUGGACCAACUCUUUGAUAUCGCUGACAAAUACCGGUACAAAGUCAUCUUCGCCGAGCCCAAAACCCAGUGGCGAAUGGAUUGCUUGCAGCUGAAGGAAAAGAAUCAAUGGAAACUGUCAGUGGAAGACCUGAAGAAGAUGAAGCCGAGCUUGGAGAAGGAGUUCCUACCCAUGUAUUUUGGGUGGUUUUUGAGCAAAAGAAGUUCAGAGGUCCUGAGGAAGGCUGGCCAGGCCUUCUUAGAUGAGCUUGGAAGUCUCAAAGCCUUCAAAAAGGAGAGUAAAUACUUUGCUUCCGCUAUUGAGGAUCCCAAAAUAAAAACAGAUCUCACCAGCUACUUUGUGAAGAGGCCGCCCGGGGUCUUACACUGCACCACAAAAUACACCGAUUUUGGAAAAGCAGCUGGAGCUGAGGAAUACGCGCAGCAAGAAGCUGUGAGGGCUUCCUACGGCAAAGGCUUCACCCUGUCCAUUUCUGCUCUGUUCAUCACAACAAAAACUGCUGGUGCUCGUGUAGAGCUGAGCGAACAGCAGCUGCCGCUGUGGCCUGCGGACGCCGACAAGAUCCUGCCCACCGACAGCCUCCCGAAAGGCAGCCGGGCUCACAUCACCCUCGGCUGCGCCAACGGCAUCGAAGCAGUCCAGACCGGGCUCGAUCUGCUGGAGUUUGUGAAACUGGAGAAGGCAGGGAACAAAGGGGAUGAAGUGGGGGAAACUGGAGGAGGGAAACUGCUGUAUUUUGAUAACGGUAUGUGGAUGCUCAUCCUUUCUAAAAAGAUCGAUGUGAAGGCAGUAUUCUCGGGUUACUAUGGGAAAGGAAAGCUCGUGCCAACGCAGAGCAGCAACAAGCGGGGCUCUGCCUUUAGUUCCUGCACCAUCAUCUAGGAGCAGGGGCCGGGUAGCUUGUUUGUUUUUAGGCGAGUAACUCCUGUAACCUUUAAAAGUGUAAAGAGAAAUAAUUCUACCUUUACUAAAGUAAGCCCUUUGCCAGCCCCAGUGUGACGCCUCCCCGGGGCGAGAGUUUAUUGGCCUCAGAACAAGGAAGGAAACAAGCAGCUCUUGACUGACAGAGGAAAACUGUCCCAGAACUGACGCUCGGCAGCACGUCGGUAACUGACGUGUUUUAAAGGAAGAGUUUUGGAGAGAAUAGCCCUGGUGUUCUGCUUGCUUUCUUCCUCGAAGAAAGAUCUCCUACGGUCUUUUAGAGCAUCCCUACGAACCACAAUCGUUAGAUCGUGACGCGUCAGCGCUCUAAGCGGUGCCAGACCAAAGCCUGCACGGAGCCGGGCUGAAGCCAAGCGACAGGAACUGCGUAAUGCCUCUCCCUUCUCCCGCGGGACUGACACAGGUCAUGCUGGUACCUGAAUUACUGGGUGAAAACCAGCAAGACCCAAGCGUGGGUCGCUUCUGCCAAGCGUGGCCGUUACUAAUGGCUUGUCCCGUCCGAAGAGCCCCUGCAGGGGCAGCAGGGCGCCGAGCAGCCCCGCGGCCGCCAGCCCUGCUCUCCCCCAGUUCGCGGUCGCUGUUCGCACGUGACGGGCUCCCUCGCUGCAGGGGAGGGACGCGCUGGAAGCACGAGGCCAGGCGGUGCCUGAAAGAGCUAUCGCGGAUUUAAAAAAAAAAAAAAAAUUAAAAAAAAAAUCACAGAAGCAAGUGAAGCACGAGGAGAGGCAUUCAGUUCCUGUAGCAGGGCUCAGCCGUGUCGGUGGGCUGGACCAAGCACCGCCCAGCGUCCUUGGCCUGUAGGGAACAAUCCUGCCUUGGCAGGGAGUGGAAGAGAUGAACUAAUGUCUUUUCCAUCUUAUUUUAUAGAAACUAAAAUCAUGUCUGAAGUAUAGAACCGUACUUCAUGCAAGAUUUUACUACUUUUCUCUAAUGCACUUGAAUGUUAAAAGUUAGGAUGGCAGUAACAUGUAAUUUAGGAAGUAAGCGGAGGUAUCGUAACUGCGUAACUUAAGUCUGCUCAAACCUAAACCAUCGGCUGGAAAAAAAAGUUAAUGAUGGAGCACUUCUGUUAUUAAGUCUGUUUUAUUGAAACUUAGGUCCUUGCUCUUAGCCAGACGGCCCGCCAGCGCGCGGCCACGGCCCUACCGUAACCCAAAGCUCAACUAACGGAUCCAGGUCGGGACAACACUUUAAACUCAUGCUAUGGCUCAGUGUUUGGUGAACUGUGUAGCGGAAUUAAUCCCGUAUUAACGUAUGUAAAUACUUACUGUGUUUGUCAAGCGUCUGCCGGGCUCGUAUCUGUAAAGGGGCUGGUGUGUGGGCGCAGCUCGCCUGUACUGGGCGUGCAGCAAAACCACCGCUCGCGACGCCCAGCGCUGCCUGGGCGAGAAGCGUUUCUCUGGAUGCUUGAAACAAAAACAAGGAGGGCCUUGGGGCUAACCUGGUGAGCGCUCUGCAAGCUUACCAACACAGCAAAGUACUUCCUGCUGUUACAAAGAGAUGGCUGACAGUAAAUUCUCGUUAUAACAUUAAAAAAAUUUAUAUAUAUACACACACACCCCCCAUGGCAGCUGCAGUCCUCCCCUACCUUCAGCAGAGAAACCCUUGCUAGCUUCUGCGCCGGCGGAGGGCGAGUGCCCGACGGUCACCUUGGGCCUUUCCCAACAGAAAUCUCAGCGGGUUUGUUCCAGCGAGGCUUUAAGGGCGGCGCCCGUGGGAGCGCAGGAGCGCGCCGCCCCCUCCCCCUCCCGUGCCCCGGACCAUCCCGGUGCCCCAGCUCCCAUCCAGCACUGGGACGCGCAGCUGGAACGUCUUGUUUAUUUGCCUGUUCAAGAACAACAGUGAGACUGUCGUCAUUUAAGUUUUUAUUAGUUUGUACAUCAUAUACAGUUUAUAAUAAAGUAAACCAGUUGCAUAUGG